GUUUUGUCCUUUAUAAUUCUUGAUACUGACCCUGCUCUGCUGUAGCCAUGACGACCAUGCUGCUGAGCGCACUAGGAGCACUGCUCUGCUCCUUGGUUAUCACCGCUGAGGUCAUGCCCCAAGGAGACUUCAAUCUACAGGGGGUGGCAGGAAAGUGGUAUGUGAUUGGAUUUGCCACUAAUGCCCAUCAACCACAAGGCCAGCAUGAAGAUGGGCAACGCCGUGCUGACACCAACUGCUGACGGAGACCAGGAAAUGACAUAUCCUAGCCGGAAGUAAGAGAGAGAGCGUGAGACAUUGUGCUGAUUCUGUAUUAACUGUAUUGUCUCUGUAGCGCUGAUGGCUCCUGCUGGAGAAUGAACCACCUGGCCAAGAAGACAAACCUUUUGGGGAAAUUAAUCUACAAGAGCGAGCGCUGGAGUAAUGAAAAUGACAUGCGUGUCGUUGACGUUAAGUAUGACGAGUAUGCUCUUAUUCACACCAAGACCAAGGGUGUUUCAGCUGUGCUCACCAACCUGUAUGUAUAUUUAGUGUGCCAUGUAUUGUACCGUGGGACAGACCUGAGCCCUAGCCUGCUGCAGAAGUUUAGGCAGUUCUCCCUGGACACUGGCUAUCCUCCCCCCAAAAACGAUGAGUGUCCUGCUGUGAAAUUUCAUCCAUGUUUUUUACUUUCUAAACGUGCUCCCUUGAUCAGUCUGCAUGGCAUUGCUACUCGGCCGGUAGACCCAUGGCAACUGUGGCAACCAUGAACCACCUUUAGCUCCGUUGGCCCAUCAGACUCCGCCUUCACUAGGCAACUCAGAUGCAAGUUCAUCCCAGCGUAGCUGUAAACUCUGUUAGUUUUUCACUUCUCUGACUUGCUCCAAUGAAAUAUUGUCUCGUUGUUUUUUCUGUUUGUCAGUCGUUCUACUCGUCGGAUGACUAGAAUAUGUUGGGUAUUUAAUACCUCUGAUCCUAAGAUGUAACGUUAGCUGCUUUAGAAGUCUGUGUUGAUCAAAUGUAAUGUAAACCCAGCUCUAAAAGUAACCUUGGUGCACCAUCAUUCUAUUGAAAAUGUUAUCCUACUUCUUGCCAGUACAUCCAUAACACAGCUCUGAUUCCUCCUUUUGUUUGUUAAGGGUUUACAUCUACACACUUUAUUUACAAAUGUGUACAAAACAAUAAUUUACCUCCUAUAGAAUUCUAGUUACACUGAAUUAUACAACAAAGUUCAUGAUGAUGAAAUAAAUAUAAAAACAAAAAUGA